GAGGAAGAUGGCGAUCGAAAUAGAAGCGGCAGAUGUGAUUCGGCUCAUCCAACAGUACCUUAAGGAGAGCAACUUGCACCGUGCCUUGCAGGUCCUACAGGAGGAAACCUCGAUCUCACUCAACACGGUCGACUCCAUCGACUCUUUCGUGCAAGACAUACACCUGGGUCAUUGGGACACCGUGCUCAAAGUCGUACAGAGCCUGAAACUCCCUGACAGAAAACUCAUCGAUCUGUAUGAACAGGUUGUGCUCGAACUCGUCGAAUUGCGAGAGUUGGGAGCAGCUCGAUCCCUUCUGAGACAGACGGAUCCAAUGCUGAAGAUGAAAGCCGACGAACCCGAGAGAUAUCUGAACCUCGAGAGCUUGUUGAACAAAUCAUUCUUCGAUCUCUCGGAGGCCUAUCCUGCAGGCAGCUCAAAAGAGAAAAGGAGAGCUGCCAUCGCGGCGGCGCUGUCCGGCGAGGUAUCGGUCGUUCCCCCGUCCAGGCUGUUGGCCUUGCUGGGGCAGGCCUUGAAAUGGCAACAGCACCAAGGUCUCCUACCACCCGGCUCUCAGAUCGAUCUCUUCCGGGGUAAAGCUGCUAUCAAAGAACAAGAGGAAGAGAAAUAUCCCACAAUGCUCUCAAAAACCAUCAAAUUCGGCAAAAACAGUGCCGAAUGCGCCACUUUCUCGCCAGACGGCCAGUUCCUAGUCACAGGCUCCCUUGAUGGGUUCAUAGAAGUUUGGAAUUUCGUCACGGGUAAAAUUAGAAAAGACCUCAAGUAUCAAGGCCAAGAGAAUUUCAUGAUGAUGGAGGACGCGGUACUCUGCUUGGAGUUCAGUAGAGACUCAGAAAUGUUGGCGUCUGGAGGUCAAGAUGGAAAAAUGAAAGUAUGGAAACUCCAAUCUGGACAAUGUUUGAGACGCUUCGAAAAAGCUCACGCGAAAGGCGUGACCCGCAUCCAGUUCUCAAAGGAUUCGUCUCAGAUUUUAUCAUCGUCUUUCGAUCAGACGAUCCGCAUACACGGCUUGAAGUCAGGCAAACUGUUGAAAGAAUUCAGGGGUCAUACGUCUUUCGUGAACGACGUCGUGUAUACCGUCGACGGUCAUCAUCUUCUCAGCGCCAGCUCCGAUGGAACCGUCAAAAUGUGGAGUAUAAAAUCGACUGAGUGCUUGCAGACAUUCCACGCUUCAUUGGGAGCUACUCAGGGAGCGGCUGUGAAUUCCAUUCAUCUUCUACCGAAAAAUCCGGAACACUUCGUGGUUUGCAACCGAUCGAACACCGUUUCGAUUAUGAACGCCCAAGGACAGAUUGUCCGGAGUUUCUCGUCGGGGAAACGAGAAGGUGGAGAUUUUUUGAGUUGCGUCGUUUCUCCUCGAGGAGAGUGGAUCUACGUCGUAGGUGAAGAUAAAGUGCUUUAUUGCUUCAACACAUUGACGGGGACGCUCGAUCGAACUCUGGCGGUCAGCGACGCCGAAGUGAUCGGCGUUUCACACCAUCCCCACCAGAACUUGAUGGCCACAUACUCCGACGACGGUCUUUUGAAGCUUUGGAGAGCCUGAGAUCAUCGUUUUCGUCUGGAGGCGAGUUCACUCGCGGGGGUGUAUGUUGAAUGAAUGUGGAA